AACACACGACGCUGUAUUGGCUUCCCGAAACAUACGCGCUUGGGAAAAAUUUUUGAAUGUAAACUUACUAAGUACUUUCACCAUAUCAAAAGUCAAAGGCACAUACUAAGAUAUUUUCACGAACCACUUAACAAUAAAAGUACUCAGUACAUCAACAUCACCAGUUUAAGCCAUAUCAUAUCUUGUGUGCUUUUGUAGAUCAAUAUCUUAUACCAAAUUCGAGUCUGUUUAUUUUCUCAGACCCUUGUCAAUCUUUCAUUGUUUCACCUCCUUUUAUUACUCGUCCAUUCCUUAUCAAUCCAAUCUAUCUACCACCAUGCUUCUCAAAAUGCCCGACGCUCCUGCGGAGGAUAGACCACCUGAAGAAGUGGCAGAGUUAGAGUUUGGAAAAUUGACCUCGACGGAUUAUUUGUAUGUUUCCCAACACCCUGCCGGUCAACCAUACCCAAACCCUGUUGAAGAUGAUCCUCCAAUUUUCAUUUAUAUUGUAACCUACUUGAGUUAUCUUAUCUUGAUCAUAAUUGGCCACAUUAGAGAUUUCUUCGGAAAAAUCUUUAGACCUGAGGCCUACGAGCAUUUAGUGGAGAAAGAUGGUUACGCCCCGUGGUCCGACGGGUUUGAAAGUUUCUACGAACGUCGUUUGAAGGAAAGAAUCGACGACUGUUUUGCUAGACCCAUCCAUGGUGCCCCAGGUAGAUAUAUCAAGUGUUAUCAACGUAUCAAAAUGGGCAUAAACAAAUACCAAUACACCGGAGGCUCGGAUGAAUGUCUCAAUUUAUCCUCAUAUAAUUAUUUGGGGUUUGGUCAGUCCAAGGGAACGUGUACCGAAGCCGCCAGUGAAAUCGUUGAUCUGUAUGGUACAUCUGGAUGUUCACCAAGAGAUAUUGUUGGAACCACAGAUUUACAUCAACAGUGUGAGAGACUUAUUGCUGAUUUUGUUGGUCAAGAUGAUGCUAUCUUGGUCAGUCAAGGUUACGGUACCAAUGCCUUUAUUUUUGAAUGUAUUGCUGAUUCUAAAACGUUAGUGCUUAGUGAUGCUUUAAACCACGCUUCUACUAGAUUUGGGGUUAGAGUUUCAGGUGCUUCUGUUAAAGUGUUUGAACAUAACGAUAUGAAAAGCUUAGAGAAGGUUAUAAGAAAUGCCAUUGCCCAAGGUCAACCUAAAUCUCAUCGUCCCUGGAGUAAAAUCAUCAUCGCAGUUGAAGGUUUAUACUCUAUGGAAGGUGACAUGUGUAAUUUGGUUGAGAUUAUUCGUUUGAAGGAAAAGUAUAAAUGUUAUUUGUUUGUCGAUGAAGCCCAUUCUAUCGGUGCUUUGGGUCCAAAUGGAAGAGGUAUUUCUGAUUAUUUCGGUGUCGAUCCCAAAAAAAUCGAUGUUUUGAUGGGUACAUUAACUAAAUCCUUUGGUGCUACUGGAGGCUACAUUUCUGGCUCUCAAAAACUCAUGGACAGGGUUAGAGUAGACUAUGCCACAAACGUUCAUGGUGAGUCAGUCCCUCCUCCAGUAUUAGCCCAAAUCAUUUCUUCUAUGAGUAUCAUCAAGGGAGAUUUGAACCCAGGUGAAGGAGCAUUGAGAUUACAGAGAUUAGCGUUCAAUUCUCGUUAUUUCAGAUCAGGACUCAAGAAACUCGGAUUCAUAAUUUACGGAGCUGACGAUUCUCCUGUCAUUCCAUUGUUAGUAUUUUUACCUGCAAAGAUGCCUGCCGUAUCACGAAAGCUUUACGAUAUGGGUAUUGCAUUGGUUAUCGCCGCUUAUCCUGCCACCCCAAUUGUUAGUGGUAGAGUCAGAUUAUGUUUGAGCUCAGCUUUAACCAAAGAAGAUUUGGACUAUGUGUUGGAAAAAUUCAGUGAGAUUGGUGACUUGAUUUACUUGAAGUUUGGUAGUGGAAUACCCGGCCAGACAAAGAAAAUGAACAUCCAAGAAGCUUUAGCUGGAAAUGUUGAAAUGUGCAAACAGCCUAAUUUCGGUCUCGUAAAAGCAUAGACAGAUCCAUUUCCUCCCUUGUUCAAAUUACCCGAUAGUCUCGUUCUCAUAAGGAAUAAGCAAAAACUAUUCUACUCAACUUCCAUUCUCAUGAAGUUUACUCCUAAUAUUUAAUAACUUUAAUACCAUAGCCAUGUUAAUAUAAAUAUUUGUACGAAAAA